AUGGGCGGCCUCUGGCCAUGGGUGCUGGGUCUGCUCUCUUUGCCAGGUUUGAUCCUAGGAGCACCCUCAGCCUGCACUUCCCCAGAAGCCUGUGGAACCAGCUUCUCAGAGGGCCUCAACCCUGAGGACACCCAGACGUCCUGGGACAAGGACAUCCCUGCGAUUAACCAAGGGCUCAUCCCAGAGGAAUCCCCUGAGAGCAGCUUCCUCCUGGAGGGGGAUAUCCUUCGGCCAAGUCCCUUCCAGAUAUUCUCAGCGAGCAGCAACAAGUGGCCUAAGAAUGGGGGUGUUGUGGAGGUCCCCUUCCUGCUCUCCAGCAAGUACGAUAAAGCCAGCCGUGAGGUCCUCCUGAGGGCAUUUGCAGAGUUUGAGCGGUUCACGUGCAUCCGGUUUGUUGCCUACCGGGGCCAGAGAGACUUCAUUUCCAUCAUCCCCAUGUCUGGGUGUUUCUCCAGCGUGGGACGCAGUGGAGGGAUGCAGGUGGUGUCCCUAGCACCCACCUGUCUCCAGAAAGGCCCGGGCAUUGUCCUGCAUGAGCUCAUGCAUGUGCUGGGCUUCUGGCAUGAGCACUCACGGGCUGAUCGGGACCGCUAUAUUCGUAUCAGUUGGAACGAGAUCCUCCCAGGCUUUGAAAUCAACUUCAUCAAGUCUCAGAGCAGCAACAUGUUGGUGCCCUAUGACUACUCAUCAGUGCUGCACUAUGGGCGGUUUGCCUUCAGCCGGCGGGGGCUGCCCACCAUCACACCCCUCUGGGCUCCCGGUGUCCAAAUUGGCCAGCGAUGGAAUCUGAGCACCUCGGACAUCACACGGGUCCUCAGGCUUUAUGACUGCAACCCGAGUGGCCAAGGCCCCCGUGGUGGAGGGUUCCAGCCCCACAGCGAUGGUAGGAGCCCCACUCCUGCCCCUAGACCAUCCCUGCAGCGGCUUCUGAAGGCAUUGUUGGCAGAAUCUGGGAACCCCGAUGCCAGUGGCCCCAAGGCAGGAGGCCGACAUGUUGCUGUAGGGCCCCGAGAGAGCUCACAUAGCUGGGAGCUCCCUGCGCAGAGGAAGGUCGCUAUGGGGGCCUCUGCAAGGCUGCCUGAGACCCCGGCUUCCUCCCUGAGCUCCAGGCCUGGAGCAGGUGUUCCUGGUGUUCUAGAGAGGUCCCGACUGGCCCAAGCCCCCUCUGUACCCCCAACUACAUCUCCAGAAGCAGAAGGCCAGCUAGUGCCUAUCCAGGAUGCUUUGGGGAACCCAGAUCUGCCAGGAGCAGCCUUGGGAACCUCGCUGCCCGCAGAGCGCGGCGAGGACUACCGACACGCGGGCGGCAGCAGGGGGCGCUCGCAACCCGGCCACGCGCUCUGCAGGCCCGACGGAGUCCGGUCAAGAAAGCGCUUGGGGAAGGGGCUCCGGACAGUCUCCCCGUUCCCUCCUCCUCCUUCCACUCGGCUUCCUUCUCGAGCGCCGGCGCGCUCGCUCUCCUCCCAUUCCCCUGCCGCGGCCGGCUGCCUGCAGGCGCGGCUCCUGGCUAGAGCCAGCGAGCGGAACCGGCGCCUCGGCCUCUGCGCCGCCUCCCACCAUCGGUGGCGCGACCCCGCGGCCAGCCCGCCGGGCCCCGCAUCCCAGCGCACCCGUUCGGCCUGGCCAUGGGGCUCCAGCGCCUUCCGCGCCGCCAGGGGGUUGAUCCUCCCGUCUAGCCUAGCUGGGCAGGACAGUGCUGUCGCCCGCUGA